UUCGUUACGUUGUCUUUCUCUCGAUCAUGAACUUGCUUUUAUUCUUUCUUCUGGCUGUGCAAAUACACAGCGUGGCGCCUGUGAUUCAUACGCUGAAGUGUUUCUACACUGCAUCCUCUGAAGUUACAAACUUCCCAGAUUAUGUAGAAGUUGUGUAUGCUGAUGAAAUUGAGGUAUAUUACUAUGACAGCGACAGCAGGACAGCAGAACCCAAACAGGACUGGAUGAACAACUUCACUGUAGAGGAUCCGCAUUUUUGGCAGAGACACACAAAGUAUGCUUUUAUUCGUGAGGACAGGAUUAAAUACUACACCACAUUUUGUAUGGAGACCUUCAACCAAACUGGAGGUGUUCACAUUCUCCAGGUGAUGUACGGCUGUGAAUGGGAUGAUGAGACUGAUGAGGUUGAAGGUUGGCAUCAGGCUGCUUAUGAUGGAGAAGAUCUCAUAUCAUUAGACGUGAAGACAUGGACAAUGAUCCCAGCAAGACCGCAAGCUCUCCGCAUCAAACGCAAGUGGGAAGAAGACAAUCUUUUACAGAACUACGCAAAGUUUUUCUACACUGUCCGGUGUUCUGAUUACUUGAAGAAUCUUGUGAACUACGGGAGGAAGGUCCUAAUGAGAACAGAGCUUCCAGAGGUGUUUCUCCUUCAGAAGACGCCGUCCUCUCCGGUCAGCUGCUUCGCGACAGGUUUCUACCCCGACAGAGCGGCCUUGUUUUGGAGGAAAGACGGCGAGGAGCUCCACGAGGAAGUGUAGCACGGAGAGAUCCUCCCCAACCACGACGGAACCUUCCAGUUGACAGUGAACCUGAACGUGGAGGUGACGGCCGACGUGGAGGGCAAGUACGAAUGUGUGUUUCAGCUGUCUGGCGUCGAGGAGGACAUGGUCACCAAGCUG